AUGGGCUUCAUGGACUCCAUCCGCGCCAAAGUAGAGCUAUACCGCUUGGAGCAGCGCUACGCCCGCAGAGACAAGCGCACCACAUUCACAACCGGCGCCCGCUACGUCGACGGUGAGUACAUCUUCAACGAGUCGCCUGGUAGUCCCACCGGCAGCACGGGAUCCUGGCAACACAGCACCACGUCCUCUAAGCGUGGGCCUGCCGUCAAGGUCAAGGAGUUGAUGGCAAAGACUGUGAGGUAG